CCGGCGCUGACAGCCGGCCCCACUCCGCGAUGGCGCCAUCGAUGCCGGGGAGAUAUAAGCCCCCCUAUCGGCCCCUCCCAUAUGGAUGCUGCCAUCAUCAACUGAAUGGAACGACAAAGGAUCGCCACCAUCCUCUCAACUACCGCUAAACGAUUCAAACAUAACUCAACCCUGUUUCCAUACAAACACAACCACCUACAUCCCAAAUUGAGAAUUCCUAAUCCUAGCAACUCAAUUUCCACAAUGUCCACCACAACCGGCUCCUUCCGCUACCUCGACCCGGCCAGCAUCUCAGCCACAUCCAAGGCCUGGUCCAAAGUCGACGCCGACUACUCCUCCUACACGCGCACGACGCGCGAGUGCACCGUGACCAACGUGCGCGACUGCCUGGGCCUGCACCCGUCCUCGCAGCGGGGCAGUUUCGGCACCGACAUUGACGUGGCCGGGUUCGCCGUGUACCACGCGCCCGCGCAGCAAAAGACGUUUACCGACGACUCGGCUGUGCGGACAGCUUACUACGCCGAGGUCGAGGCACUACUACGCUCCAAGCUCGAUUCACCUCCCUCAAAAAAGGUGAAAAAAGUCGUCAUCUUCGACCACACGAUCCGCAAGCACGACCCUUCGGCCCCGCGGCAGCCCGUGCAGCAGGUGCACGUGGACCAGACGCCGCGCGCGGCCGAGGCGCGCGUGCGCAGGCAUGUGACCGACCCGGCCGAGGCCGAGGAGCUGUUGAAAGGAAGGUACCAGAUCAUCAACGUGUGGCGGCCGAUCGGGCAUCCGGCGAGCGAUUUCCCGCUGGCCGUGAUCGACUGGCGGACGACAGAGCCUCAAGAUUUAGUAGCGGUCGAUCUGCUGUACCCGAUCAGGAACCGGGAGGGGGAUGGGGAUGAUAGGGGUAAGGAGGUCCUCCCGGACCCGGCCACCAUCCAGAGCAGGGAGGGUUAUGAGGUCAAGGGUGAGACAUACGGGGUGCUGCCUAAUGAGAAGCAUAGGUUUUACUACCUCAAGGACAUGACGCCGGACGAGGCCAUGUUUAUCAAGUGCUUUGACAGCUGGGGCGAAGGGCUGCCGGAUGGGAAGAAGGGUGUGGCGGCGCUGACGCCGCACACGGCGUUUAUUGACCCGCAGACGCCGCCUGGAACGAAGGGAAGGGAGAGUAUUGAGGUGAGGUGUUUGGUGUUUUAUGAGUAGGCGAGGACGGGAAAGGAAUUGGUCGAUGUAGAUGCGGAUGACUGCCUACCUCAGGUAGUUCUUGUGCCCUACUCUGAAUAGGAUAUAAUAUGAAUGCAUACAUUACAUGAAAAGCAGCU